CCUUCGAUGUCAAUGUCGUCAAGAUGUUUUAGUAUGCAAACUCCACUAUCCGAUCAACCACGAACAAUGAAAAUCGAAAAUGGAGAAAAGGUUCAACCGACUUAUUCGCCGCAAGAGAUGACCCGUCGCCAGGACAUGAUACGUCAGCACAUGGAGACGGCUGGUCUAGACGCAUGUGUAUUUACAUCGUACCACAACGUUUACUACUUUAGCGAUUUUCUGUACUGCAAGUUUGGGAGGAAUUAUGCCUACAUCGUUACACCAGAGAAAGCAAUUAGCGUCUCUGCAUGUAUUGAUUACGGUCAACCAUGGCGACGGACGUUUGGAGACAAUAUCGUUUACACAGACUGGCACAAGGACAAUUUCUUUCACGCAGUAAAACAAGAGUUAGGUGAUGCAAAACAUGUUGGCCUCGAAUUUGACGUCGUGCCUAUCGACGAGUAUACAAAAUUUUCUGAAGCGUUGCCGAACGCAAAAUUUACAGAUGUUGGUGAAUCUACAAUGCGCAUGCGCAUGAUCAAAUCUAACGAAGAAAUUGAAUUAAUUAAGCAAGCUGCAAGAAUUGCUGACCUGGGUGGUGAAGCCAUUAAAAAUGUGAUAACAGAGGGUGUACGGGAACACGAGGUGGCCCUUGCGGGGACUGAUGCCAUGGUUAGAGAGAUUGCAAGGACUUAUCCACAUCAAGAGCUGAGGGACACAUGGGUUUGGUUUCAAUCUGGCAUUAACACAGAUGGUGCCCAUAAUCCAGUGACAAACCGCCAACUUCAAAAAGGGGACAUUCUUAUCAUGAACUGUUUUCCUAUCGUUCAAGGGCACUAUGUUGCUCUGGAACGAACACUAUUUUGUGAUCACGUGCCAAGCGAUCGCCACAUGGAAUUGUGGGAAAUCAACUGUAUGGUUCAUCGCCGGGGGAUAGAAUUAAUUAAGCCUGGGGUGAAAUGUUGUGACAUCGCUCACGAACUAAACGAAAUCUAUCGGAAACAUGGACUUCUCAGUUACCGAAUUUUUGGCUACGGCCAUUCGUUUGGAGUGCUUAACCAUUACUACGGUCGCGAAGCUGGUUUGGAACUUCGCGAGCAUGUCGAGACAGUGUUACAGCCCAAUAUGGUCAUCUCGAUGGAGCCGCAUAUAACAAUACCAGAGGGAGAGCCAGGGGCCGGGGCGUACAGAGAGCAUGAUAUCUUGGUGAUCAAGGAGGAUAGCACGGAAAAUAUUACGAAAUUCCCGUUCGGUCCUGAACACAACGUUGUUAAAAAUUAAAUAUUACAAUAGACCCAUAGGCAAUCCAAAUAUGCGUGAUAAUUUAA